GGGCACUUGGGGAGGGUCCCGCCUGCCUCGGGGUAGCCGCGGGACCUGGCUCGCGCACACGGGAAGUUGCGGCUGCUGCUGAGGCCACAGGCUACCCGGAGGCUGCGUGGGCCGCUCGGAGCGGACGCCGCGUCGUCGUCACUGGGGCUGCGGCAGGAUUUGUGUGAGGAAGGCAGGCAUGGUGAGACCCAUUUCACUGACAGGAACGCAGAGAGGGCCCGUUUCUCUCUCUGAGUCUCUCGGUCAGUAAAAGCAGUCAAGCUGGAGCCCAAGGCCAGGUGUCCCGACUCACAGCGGGGGGCUCCCUGCACCAACCAUGAGCCGCCUGCUCUGGAGGAAGGUGGCGAGCAGCAGGAUCAGCUCAGGGCCAGUUCCAGCAACAGGACGCAGGGUCUCCAGCUCCGUCCUCGCCCCCGUCCCCAGCGACGGGCAGCCGCAGUCGCAAACGCCCUCUUCGGAGGACGGGCAGCUGCGGCUCAACCCUCUGCUCAUCCAGAUGCUCUCGAGAGGGCUGCACGAGCAAAUCUUCGGGUGCGGAGGGGAGAGGCCCGACGAGGCCGCGGUGCGUCGCAGCAUCAAGCACCUGCAGAAGCACGGGCUCUGGGGGCAGCCGACCACGCCCUUGCCAGACGUGCAGCUGAACCUGCCCCGGCUCUUAGGGGGCAACCUGGACCAGCACUUCCGCCUCCUGGCCCAGAAGCAGAGCCUGCCUUACUUGGAGGCGGCCGCCUCGUUAUUGGAGGCCCAAUUGCCGCCCCAGCCCGGGAGCUGGGCCUGGGCGGAGGGCUGGACCCGGUACGGCCCCGAGGGGGAGGCCGAACCCGUGGCCAUCCCCGAGGAGCGGGCCCUGGUGUUCGACGUGGAGGUCUGCAUGGCAGAGGGAACCUGCCCCACCUUGGCGGUGGCCAUAUCCCCCUCGGCCUGGUAUUCCUGGUGCAGCCGGCGGCUGGUGGAAGAGCGUUACUCUUGGACCAGCCAGCUAUCGCCGGCUGACCUAAUCCCCUUGGAUGUCUCUGCUGGUGCCAGCAGCUCCACCCAGCAGUAUUGGCAGGAACAGUUGGUAGUGGGGCACAAUGUUUCCUUUGACCGAGCCCAUAUCAGGGAGCAGUACCUGAUUCAGGGCUCCCGAAUGCGCUUUCUGGACACUAUGAGCAUGCACAUGGCCAUCUCAGGGCUGAGCAGCUUCCAGCGCAGUCUGUGGAUGGCAGCCAAGCAGGGCAGGCACAAGGUCCGGUACCCCACACAGCAAGGUCAGAAGUCUCGGAGGAAAGCCAAUGGUCCAGAGAUUUCAUCUUGGGACUGGAUGAACAUCAGCAGUGCCAAUAAUCUUGCAGAUGUGCACAGCCUUUAUGUGGGGGGACCUCCCUUAGAGAAGGAGCCCCGGGAACUGUUCAUCAAGGGCAGCAUGAGAGAUAUCCGGGAGAACUUCCAGGUAUGGUGUUGGCACAGAGCUCCAAAUACUCCGGCUGUGACUGACCUGCAGGAUCUGAUGCAGUACUGUGCCCGUGAUGUGUGGGCCACCUAUGAGGUUUUCCAGCAGCAGCUGCCACUCUUCUUGGAGAGGUGCCCCCACCCAGUGACUCUGGCUGGCAUGCUGGAGAUGGGUGUCUCCUACCUGCCUGUCAACCAGAACUGGGAGCGCUACCUGGCAGAGGCGCAGGGCACAUAUGAGGAACUCCAACGGGAAAUGAAGAAGUCACUGAUGGAUUUGGCUAAUGAUGCCUGUCAGCUGCUCUCAGGAGAGAGGUACAAAGAAGACCCUUGGCUCUGGGACCUAGAGUGGGAUUUGCAGGAGUUUAAGCAGAAAAAGGCAAAGAAGGUGAAGAAGCUAGCCUCAGCCAGCAAGCUGCCCAUCGAGGGAGCUGGGCCCUUUGGGGAGCCCACGGAUCAGGAAGAUCCUGGACCACCUAGUGAGGAGGAGGAGCUUCAGCAAGAUGUAGUGGCCCGCACCCGUUUACAGCAGCUGAAGAGCAGCACAGACCUCCUGCCUAAGCGAACCCAGCACCUUCCUGGACACCCUGGGUGGUACCGGAAGCUCUGCCCUCGGCUAGAUGACCCUGCAUGGACUCCAGGCCCCAGCCUCCUCAGCCUGCAAAUGCGGGUCACUCCUAAGCUGAUGGCACUGACCUGGGAUGGUUUUCCUCUGCACUACUCAGACACUCAUGGUUGGGGCUACCUGGUGCCUGGACGGCGGGAUAAUCUGGUUGAGCCACCAGCGAGCCCCACUGUAGAGUCAACAGGGCUAGCCUGCCCCUACAGAGCCAUCGAGGCCCUGUACAGGAAGCACUGUCUUGAACAGGGGAAGCAGCAGUUGAAGACCCAGGAGACAGAGGUGGCUGAGGAGUUCUUAGUCACCGACAAUAGUUCCAUGUGGCAAACGGCAGAAGAACUGGGCUGCUUAGACGUGGAAGCUGAGGCCAAGAUGGAGAACUCAUUACUGGGUCAGCCCCUAGCUCUGCCUGCUGCUUGUGUCCCCCAAACCAGCCAGCCCACUUACCACCAUGGCAAUGGACCUUAUAAUGAUGUGGAUAUCCCUGGUUGCUGGUUUUUCAAGCUGCCUCACAAGGAUGGUAACAACUACAAUGUGGGAAGUCCCUUUGCCAAAGACUUCCUGCCCAAGAUGGAGGAUGGCACUCUGCAGGCUGGCCCAGGAGGUGGACCCCGUGCCCUGGAAAUAAAUAAAAUGAUUUCUUUUUGGAGGAAUGCUCAUAAACGUAUCAGCUCCCAGAUGGUGGUAUGGCUUCCCAGGUCAGCCCUUCCCCGUGCCGUGACCAGGCACCCUACCUUUGAUGAGGAAGGCCGCUAUGGGGCCAUCCUGCCCCAGGUGGUGACUGCUGGCACCAUCACCCGCCGAGCUGUGGAGCCCACAUGGCUCACUGCCAGUAAUGCUCGGCCUGACCGAGUAGGCAGUGAGUUGAAAGCCAUGGUGCAGGCUCCACCUGGCUACGUCCUGGUGGGUGCUGAUGUGGACUCACAGGAGCUGUGGAUUGCAGCUGUACUUGGAGAUGCUCAUUUUGCUGGUAUGCAUGGCUGCACAGCCUUUGGCUGGAUGACUCUGCAGGGCAGGAAGAGCAGGGGCACUGAUCUACACAGUAAGACAGCCAGCACUGUAGGCAUCAGCCGAGAGCAUGCUAAAGUCUUCAACUACGGCCGUAUCUAUGGGGCUGGGCAGUCCUUUGCUGAGCGCCUACUGAUGCAGUUCAACCACAGGCUCACAAGACAGGAGGCAGCUGAGAAGGCCCAGCAGAUGUAUGCGGUCACGAAGGGCCUCCGCCGGUAUCGGCUGUCAGACGAGGGUGAAUGGCUGGUGAGACAGUUGGACCUCCCUGUGGACAGGACAGAGGAUGGCUGGGUUUCCCUACAGGAUCUUCGAAAGAUCCAGAGAGAAGCUUCAAGGAAAUCACGCUGGAAGAAGUGGGAGGUGUUUACAGAGCGAGCAUGGACAGGGGGCACAGAGUCAGAAAUGUUUAACAAGCUGGAGAGCAUUGCCAUGUCUGACACACCACGUACCCCAGUGCUUGGCUGCUGCAUCAGCAGAGCCCUGGAGCCCACGGUUGUUCAGGGAGAGUUUAUAACCAGCCGUGUGAACUGGGUGGUACAGAGCUCUGCUGUGGACUACUUACACCUCAUGCUUGUGGCCAUGAGGUGGCUGUUUGAGGAGUUUGCCAUUGAUGGACGCUUCUGCAUCAGCAUCCAUGAUGAGGUUCGUUACCUGGUGCUGGAGGAGGACCGCUACCGUGCUGCCCUGGCACUGCAGAUCACCAACCUCCUGACCAGGUGCAUGUUUGCCUACAAGCUGGGUCUGAAUGAUCUGCCCCAGUCAGUCGCCUUUUUCAGUGCAGUAGAUAUUGACCAGUGCCUCAGGAAGGAAGUGACCAUGGACUGUAAAACUCCUUCUAACCCAACUGGGAUGGAAAGGAGAUACGGGAUUCCCCAGGGUGAAGCACUGGAUAUUUACCAGAUAAUUGAACUCACCAAAGGCUCCUUGGAAAAACGAAGCCAGCCUGGACCCUAGCUCCAUCUGGAGGCUCUGUAUUUGCUCCUGUGGAGCUUCAUUGAAGUGGUGCAGGUUCCUAAACUCAGGCUUUCAGAUGUGCUUUUUGCAAAAGGGCAUGCCUAGGCAGCCAUUUUUCUGUAGCAGGACCUGCCCAGAAGAGUCCUUCUAACUGAAGGCACAGUUUGGUGGGUUCAGAACCAGGAUGCCAACAUCAGUGCAGGCUGUAUGAGAAGGGGUACUGUCGGCACAAAACAAAGCAGAUGCCCCACAGGUCACAUUAACUCAGGCAUAUCUUUCUUUUCUUUGUGGCUGGUUCUCUGUCCUGCUCUCUGUGUGCUGGUGCAGCGCCCUAGAAGGGGAGAGUAGAAGCUCUGGUGACCCUGCCCUAAGGUGAUGGGAAUAAAAACAAACACCAAAACUCCUGUAUCA